AUGCGUUUCACUUCGCUCGUCGCCCUCCUCCCUGCCGUCGCCCUGGCACAGGAGCAGGUCCCCCUGGCCGACCGUGUUCAAGGAUGGUUCAACAAGGCCAAGGCCUACGUGCCAACCGCCGUCCCCGCUGCCCCCAUCGAGAAGUUGGCCGAGACAGUCUCUGAGAAGAGUGUCACUCCGGUGACCCUUCAGAACUGGGAGUCCAUCCUGACCCCCGGCACCCAGGAGGAGGACUGGUUCAUCUUCAUCACUGGUGGUAAUAAGACCUGCUUCGGUCGCUGUGAUCGCGCCGAGAAGGCCUUCAAGGUAAGCACCCAUCGCGUCGCGACUCUCCCUGCACCACCAUUUGAGCACUCGGACUCGGACUCGGACUCGGACUCCCUUGCUAAUCCAUCCAUCCAGGAAUCCGUCCUUCUCUUCUCUGCCGAUCCUACCGCCCCCAACCUCGGUCUGCUGGACUGCGAGCAGGAGCGCGUUCUCUGCGCCGCCUGGUCCUCCGGUGCCCCCUCCGUCUACUACUACCAGGUUCCCCAGGCCCAGGCCGCCGACCAGGAGCGCCUCCCUUCGCCCCUGCACGUUCUCUACAUGAACACCACCACCGUCACUCCCCAGGAGAUUUACGAGAUCCACUCCAAGAAGACCUUCCUGGAUGUUCCCGCCUACGAGGGUGCUUUCCACCCCACCGACGGCUGGGUCGCCAAGUACAACCUCACCCUGCCCUUUGGUUACUUCAUCUACGGCAUCGGUGCCAUCCCCAGCUGGAUGUUCAUGAUCGGUAUCAGCUUCUUCAGCCGUACCUUUAUGGGCCGUCGCAUGGGCAACGUUGGCGCUAACCGCGCUCCUGCUGCUGCUCCCGCUGGCAGCGCAAACUAG